AUGUCGUGUACUCGAACGGAGCCCGUCACGACUACUGAAACAGUAACUGGAGAUCAGGCCGAACUCGUCUUACACCUGCAGCAAGAUGGUGAGCGACCGCAUGUGAAUUGGAGCACCGAUACCGUGGACAACGAAAAUAUGGGAAAGAAGAAAAGUAAAUGCUGUUGUAUUUAUAAGAAGAAAAAAGCGUGGGAUGAUGAUGAUGACAGCAGUGAUGAUUCGGAUUGUGAGACCGGCAACUGUCGUGGUCAUGUAGAAAAGAAGAAGGAAGGUCAUAGUCCUCCCUCUGGUGGUGAUGGUGCGGAACCUUGUCAUUAA